AGAAGAUUGAAAGGCAUGAUAAAUCAGAAAAUGUCGCGGGAAACUCUGAGAUUCCACCGAUUAAAAAUUCACGUUUGAGUAUGAGACCAGGUAGUCUCUUACACUUCUUCGUCUGGAUGUUAAUUGAUACACUCCUGAUGCUCUUGGUGACAUUGACCAUGGUUGUAAUGGUGAACAAAAUCAAAGCACUUUGUAUAUGGAUUACAACACACAGUUGGUUGACUAUUGUCCUCAUAUUGCUUGGAGCACUUCCAGUUCUCGUUCUCGGAUUACUCAAACUUCUUGGAUAUCGCCGUGAGAUUGGUCAUUUUUUCAUCGCAUUCAGUUUCUUACUAUGUUCGAUGGGUUUCACUAUCAGGUUCCAUACCAUUGAUUUGGUUCCUGCUUUGGCAGCAGUUGGUUCUACGAUUGCAUUGACUGCAGUUGUGGUCAUCCUGGCUUUCUAUCUGAGAAAUAUAAAAUUUCGAUCAACCAUUACAUUUUUCUCACUUUUAUGCUCUUCUGUCCUGGUUGGAGUUAUUCUUUUCAUUAUUGCAUUCAAUUUCAAGAAACCAGAGCAGGUAACACUGAUCAAAUGUGACAAGAUAUAAGCAUAGACAUUUGCAAUUUUUGACUUAGUUUUUGAUACAUUCAUUGAGAAUGAGGUGAGAAAAAACACUUGACAGUCAAAUAAGCGAAUUGAAUCACAUUUUCUGAAACUCUUGAAUUGAUUUAUGGUGUUUUAAUGUGUAUGAGAGGUUGUAAUACUGAUAACAAAAAUACAUAGCAAUUUAGCACUGAAAGUCAAGUAGUUCCAAUUUUACGGAUCCUCGAACGUUAGGUAUUAUCGUCAGGAUACUGCACACAAUCCGUUAAAUGACGGCACAUAUUACAUUUUGAUUCUUUAUUAUUCAUGAUGAGACUUGCACAUUUUCAAAAUUACUUGUACAACACGUGACGAUAGUCACUGGAAUUAUCAAGAUAUUUUGAAACCUUUUAUUGUGAAAAUUUAUAUUAUUCUAGCAGACACCCUACAAUCAACUACGCAGUUGGUUUUAUCACAAUGUUUGAGACACAUCAACGUUGAUUUACCAUGCAAAAAACGACAUGACAAAGCAAUCGUGAAUGCAUAAUUAGGCAGAUUACUAGGCAUGUUUACUAUUCAAGUUGAUUCAUCAGUAUAGGUAUAUAACUUGGAUACCAUCAGUUCAUCAACAAUUUCAUUUUC